UAUGGAAAAUAAUGAUCUUACUGAAGAGGAACUUGAAGAAAUGGCCAGAUUAAAAUUGGAAGAGGAGCACAAAACUAAGCCAAGAAAUUAUCUUUAUUAUAGAAUCGGUGGAGUUAGAUCUAUGGCUGGAGGCAAAAGAAUCUUUCCAAAAUGGAAUACAAAAUUUAGUAAAAUUGUUAAAAUGGCUCUGACAAAGACAGACAACGUAGCAACGUCGUUAGAUCAUGUCGACGCUAUUGAGUGGCCAGAAAAAGCUAUAGUCGAGUUUGAAGCUGUGAAAAGUUCAGUUCUAGAAAAAGCAGAAUUUAUAGAAAUUCCUUUAAGAAGAACGGGAAAUUUAAAUAUUCCUGCUAUUGUUCAAGUCGAGACAGCGGACGGAAGUGCCAAAGUUAGUGACGAUGAUUAUGAACCACUACAUAAAAUAGUUGUUUUCAAACCAAAUGAAGUGGAGCGUAAAGUCAGGGUGAAAAUUAUUGACGACGAUCAAUACGAGGGCGAUGAAAUAUUCUUUGUAAAACUGCAUAUAGAUGACGCUUUUUCGCUAUAUAGAGUUAUUCAUAAGGAGAAUAUAGAUUCGAGUGAAAUUGAACACUUUCUUGGUUUUGAUUGUAAAUCAUUAACAACCGAAGAAUUUUGUACGCAAGUUGGUGACAAGAUUGACUUUUCGUUAAUUGCGUUAGGGGAUCAAAAGAUUCACGAAGUAACCAUUGAAGAUGAUGAUAAUCCAGGAACCUUCGCUUUUAAGAGGCAUUGUGAAAUAGUUACAGAAAACACAGUUGCAAAAAUUCCUGUUAUUCGAUCAGAAGGAUCCGAUGGCUUGAUCAUUAUCAAUUGGAGCGCCAAAGGGGGAAAUGCAACUCCAGAUCAAGAUUAUUAUCCAUCGUCUGGUUCAAUCGAGUUUAGGCAUGGAGAAAUUGAGAAAAAUAUUGAAAUUACUAUAGUUAAUGAUGAAGAUAAAGAAGAUGAAAACUUCCAGGUGUUUUUAGAUGAAGAAACAGCCGGCCCAGGAGUUAAAUUUGGUAAGAUCACUUCAACUUGGAUAACUAUUGUGAGCGAUGACGACAUGAGAGGUAUCGUGUCGAAAUUGUUGAAUAACGUAAAGCACGAUCUCUUGGAUAUCCAAUUGGAGAAGACCACCUGGAAAGAACAAUUCGUCUCAGCUUUUUCGGUUACCGAUGGCGAUGUUUCGGAAGCGACUGUACUGGAUUUUAUAAUACAUUUUCUAUCCUUCCCAUGGAAAGUUUUAUUUGCUUUUGUUCCUCCUCCAUCCUACUUGGGUGGCUGGCUUGCUUUUUUCGCAGCCCUACUAAUGAUUGCGCUCGUGACAACACUUGUUGGAGAUUUAGCGACUAUCGCUGGUUGUUUAUCAGGUCUGAAAGGGAGUGUUACUGCAAUUACAUUUGUCGCUCUAGGAACAAGUUUACCCGAUUUAUUUGCAAGUAAACAAGCAGCCUGCGGUGAAACGACAGCAGAUAAUUCCAUUGGUAAUGUGACUGGUAGCAAUUCUGUCAAUGUAUUUUUGGGACUAGGAUUACCUUGGUUAAUUGCGGCCAUUUAUCAUACGUCAAAAGGAGGAUCUUUCAAUGUGACAGCUGGCACCCUAAGCUUUAGUGUUGUCCUCUAUACUAUCACGGCGUCUUUAUGCAUCAUUUUGUUAUUAAUCAGAAGAUAUGUUCCAGCAUUUGGAGAUGGAAAAAAGGGUGGGGAAUUGGGAGGAAACGUUAAAUUAAAGUGGAUAUCGGCAAUUUUUAUGGUUUUCCUUUGGCUGACAUAUAUUAUUCUUUCUGCUUUACAGGCCUAUGGCCAUGUUCCUGGCUUUUAG